CUCUCCUCUUUCUGAGAUGGAAGCGAAGGCUGCUUCUUCCUCUGUGUUCCGAUAAAUAGGAAAGAGAUAAAGGAAAAGGUGGUACUCUCUGUACACCCAGAGAAGCCGUAGCUAAGAAUCUCAUCCCCACUAGACAGUCAGAGCGUACGCGAUAUCGCAAACCCAGAUCUUCUUCUCCUUCGUGCCUAGCAGGCAGAGAGAAGAGAGAGAGAGAGAGAGCGAUUGAUGACAAGAAGCCCCUUCCAGAUUUGGAAGCCCAAGAGGAGAAGAAGAAGACGAAGAGGCGAAGGUUGAUUUGAUUUCCUUCGACCCCUUUUUCUCUUAUCUUUUUCGCCUCCUCUGUUUUUUUUCUGGCGGGGGGUUUUCGGUGGAAUUUUUCUUUCGGGUGUCUUUGGGUCGAAACGAAGAGGGGCGAGUUUCGAGGGGGUCCUUAAUGGAGGUGUUGGUGGGGUCCGCGCUGGGGAUCGAAGUGAGCUCGGCGUCGGCGUUCGUCAGGGAGCGCGCCGCCGGAGACCAUUCGGAGACGGGCUUCGGGGCGGGCCGGCCGGCGAAGUCGGAGGAGGAGGAGGAGGAGGACAAUUCAUCGUCGGGGAAGUCGUCGUCGAUCGGAGUCCCGGACGACAGCGACGAGGAGGAGGAAGACGGCGUCGUGUCGUCGGAGGAUGCCAAGGGAGGCUUUAGGAAAGGCGGGUUCGGAUCUUUUGGAUCUCUAGCUGCGCUCGAGGACUCUCUUCCCAUCAAGAGGGGGCUGUCGAACCAUUUCUCGGGGAAAUCGAAGUCGUUCAACAACUUGUCUGAGGCGAAUCUGACGGAGGCGGUGAGCAGCGCCAGGGAUCUGGAGAAGCCGGAGCACCCCUUCAACAAGAAGCGGCGGAUCCUCCGCUGGUCCAAGAACUUCCCUCUCCUGUCCACCGCCAAGUCGAUGCCCCUCUUCCCCCUCAGCGAAGAGGACGACGAUCAUCGCGAAGGAGGGGACGACGGCAACGGCGACGGCGGCGGCGAAGGCGACGGAGACGGCGAGAGAGGCAAGGCCGUCGCGGGCCGCCACUGGAGGAAGCACAGCGUGUUCAAGUCCUCGAGCUGCUUCGCACUGUCAGAUCUGCACGAGGAGGACGAGGAAGACGGCGACGGCGACGACGAGGAGGACGAGGAAGAAGAAGAUGGAGGAAAUUGAUUUCCUUUUUUGUUUAAUUUUAUGUUUUUGGUAAUUUUAACCUAACUUUAUGUUCCCAAAACAUCAAUAUGGACAAUAAAUAGAUGAAUUAUCCUCGUUAAUUAACAUGGGAUGUGGUCUAGUUUGGACAUGGGAAGCUUUGGAUGAGGAUAAUAAAAAAUUUUAAUGACAGAUUUUUAGAUUAUUA